AUGCGAGACUGGUGUACACCGCAAGAUGUCUUCCCAUGCGGUACGGCCGGUUUCCGUCAGCGGCAGUCCGCAUUCAUCAAGCGGUACGGAGCGCAGCACAUCGCCCAGCAUGAAACGAGUGCAUUUUGAUGUCAAGUAUGGAGAUUCCGAAGACGUGGGGUCCAUUGAGGAAGAAGCCAAUCGAAGCCGGGGAUCGGCCGUCUAUUACGACCUGUUCGUGUCGCUCGCCGAAGUGUACAACGGUUGCACCAAGUCGCGAAAGAUCACCAGGACGGCACUAGGAAGGGACGGCCGCACGCCCAUACUGGAGUACAAGACUUUCGACAUCGGGGUGAAGCCCGGAUGGAAGGCGGGAACUAAGGUCAGGUUCCCCGGCGAGGGCGACCGACUGCCCAACGCCGCCCCGGCCGACGUGGUGUUCGUCAUCCGCGACAAGCCGCACCCGUACUUCAAGAGGGAGGGGACCGACGUCCGGCACGUCGCCAAGAUCACCUUCAAACAGGCUCUUCGCGGCACGACGCUAGAAGUACCUACGCUCGCCCAUGGCACAAUAUCGGUGCCAUUGACCGACAUCGUCAAGCCCACCACCGUCAAGCGCAUCCCGGGACUGGGAAUGCCCUACCCAAGCGACCCCACGAUUCGGGGCGACCUCCUUCUGGGUUUCGACAUCGAGUAUCCUCGGGAUAUGACAGACAUUGACCUGAAAGUACUCUGGGGCGCACUGGAUCCCCUCAUCUGAAUAACACUGCAUCUGACUGUUGCGCAGGAGUACAAAGGCUGACAUCACUGCCUCGGCAGGGCAUUUCUGCCCAGAGACGAUCAUGGCGGCGCUCAGAGAGCCUUCGUUGACAAAGUGCGUGCACCUUUUCACAGAAGGCUCCCUGGGCGCCGCCCUAAUCCCCUCUGGGAUGUGGUAAAAGAAGCGUGAUUCUUUAAAAACGCACUGCCGAGGCAAUGACGUUAGCCUUUGCACUCCCGUUGCACAGCCCAGAAAGGAGCUGUUUCUUCUCUUCCGUGAAAAGAUCUGUAGAUGGCUUGCAUUGACGUCACUGAAACAACCGUGUUGAAGCACCAGCAUGGCGGGGACGCGACGUUUGCGGUGUCAGAGGCGUCCCUGCCACGUGAUCAUCACACUGAAGCUGGUUAACCGCAACUGGUUUGUCAUCAAAGUCGCCAUCGUGGUGGGCCAGUGGGCGGCGUCCAUGGCUUGCAUUGCCGUCAGCAACACCCUCUUGUGUAUUUUGUGUGUUUUGCGCUUCCAAGUACCUUCAUGGAUCAGUACAAAUACGCCCAACUUUCUGUUCUUCUAAAUCUUUUGUCGCUUUCAUCAAUCGUAACUCGUUGAUCAUACGUGCGUCUGGUUAACCCCCCUGUCUUUCCUCGCUUGUGUUCAUCAAUAAUUAAAGACGCUCUUUGUGAUUGUUCCUUGUGCAUGUUCUUACCAUUUAGGGUGCGCGAAUAUUCGAGUUUCGAAUUCGAAUCGAAUAAUGCAUAAUCGAGUAAUUCAAUUCUACUUUCGAAUAGCUAGUAUUCGAAGUUUCGAAUAAUUCGACAGGAGGAAUAUCUAAAACGCGAUAAAAGCCAAUGGUGCAACUUUGUUAGGGUGGGGUGGCGAAAACUAAGACUAAUGUCGUUACAGUAGGCUUUUCGUUAAAACUUUCAUCAAUAUCCUGGUUCAGAAGCGAGCGCACGUUUACUUUAAAGGAGAUUAUGUCAUUUCUGCAUUUCUGCGAUUAUGUCAUUUCAUAUUAAAGGAGAUUAUGUCGUCUAUCUCUCUCUCCCCCCAUUUCUUUCUCUCUAUUCUCUCUCUUCCAUUGAUUUUCUCUCUUUCUUUGAUUCUCUCUCUUUCUGUAUUUCUUUCUCGUUCUGUAUUUCUUCCCUUUCUUUCUCUCCAUUUCUCUCUUUCUCAGUCUUUCCAUCUCCCUCUCUCUCUCUUUCAAUGUCUUUGUACACGUUGUCUCGCCCAUUAGUGUUAUUGCAUCCCUUACUGGACAAAUUGGCUCACGUGUUCUGGGAGCGAAAGAAAAGAAGAUGAGAACGAAGAGAGGGCGUGCCGGUUCAUGACGAUAGUUUAAGGCGUAACCAAACAGUUUUCUUUGCCCAACCUGCUUUAAUUUUUUAUUGUCAUUGGCCUAGAUUUCACACACCUCAAGUAAAAUUUGUACAAUCUCUCCUCGAUUCACUGUCCGUCCAAAUAAGGGAGGUUAUUCCGAUUUAUAAUGCGACAAAUUUCUCUUCAAAUCUACUUUGAUGACAUUUUUCCUAAUACUGCAAUACACCUACCGAGUAACAUGUUGAGAGCUACCCUACAGGACUACCUGUUCAGAAUGCAAGCAAACGUAGGUCAUUGCGACGGACGCGUCGUAGAGAGAUGAAAAGAGUGGCAUCGGUAUAUACUGCCCUGCUCUCGAUUGGUCCUUUUCGCUCCGAAUCCCAGAUUACACAUCCAUCUUCAUUGCAGAAUUUUUAGCGAUAGCCGUGGCCUUUCGUAAACUGCCCGCGUCAAUAAAUUCCGCAGUAAUAUUAACGGACUCUUUAUCAGUGUGAAGUGCGCUCACGGCAUCCGGUGAUAUGAAAACAUUGAAAGAGUUCAAAUCCCUAAUACCUGAUCACUUAACGUAUGUUCGUUUAGUAUGGGUACCUGGGCGUAGAGGUCUAUUUCUAAAUGAAACAGCUGAUACAUUAGGGAAAGCGGCGUUAGACGGACGAGCUAUUAAUAUUACCCCUACGUCAGCUGUUAGAGUAGCGGCUAGAUUUCGGAGGCAAAUGAUGAUGCGAGAAUUCAGUAUACCAUCUCUAAGAAAUUCCCCGGACUUUAAUGAUUUAUUGACACCCUAAUAAAGUUCACCAUGUCAUAACAGAGAUCUGGAAGUUACAAUUACGAAGCUGCGUUGUCGUCUUCCAUCAUAAAAUUUUUAUUUAUAUAGAGCCGGUUUGGCACCAUCGCUCCUUUGUUCUUAUUCUAGGGAAGAAGAAACAAUAAAACAC